UAGAAAAUGAUGCGUCAUUUUGUUGCAUUUUCACUACUGCUAUUCGUUUUGAAAAUCACAGUCGAGGCGACUAAGGUGGUGCCGAACUAUGCACUUUGCUCCGUUUUUAUCGGUGAUUCUGGGUGCAGAGCAGGCUGCUCGAAACAAUUAAAUUGCCAAAACGGACACUGCAAAAAAGUAACCAAAGGUCUCUUUACCAUCAGAUGCGUCUGUGAGGAUUGUCCCGGUGGUCAACAGACGAGGGAACUGCCUGGAGCCUUUUUGAGCUUUUUACGCAAAAUACCAGUAUAAAGUUAUUAUGAUG